CACCGCCUCCCUACGGUCUGGAUCUGCCGGCGGCCGUCGGUCAAAUCCGACGGUCGCCGUGUCUCCCUCUCUCUCUCUCUCUCUCUCUGUUUUUUUUUUCAUCUACUUCACCCGGUUAAGGUUGUGGUUCUUGUUUCUUCCCGGAUUAGAUCCGGUGAGGAGGAAAACCCCUCCUUACUUUUCUGUCUUAGAUUUUGGAUUUUGAAUCCUCUCCUUCUACAUGCUUCGAUCUCUAACUCGUGCGAGAAAAGUAAACUUCCCCAUCUAGAUUACAACCUAGUAUGGCGACUGAUACCAUUGAUAGACUUAACAGGAACUUCUAGGUGCUAAUCUAGCGGGUCUACUACUUGAUUUAGAUAAACAACAUGAUGUACUAGAUCUACACGGUGACAUCCUGGAGAGAGAGACACUAACCGUCGGUCUUGAGUGAAGUGGUCGUCGAGGACGCCAUUGGGCGUUGUCGGGGUAGGAGAGGUGCGUAGUGAAGCGCAGUCCGUCGGUGAGGAGAGUGGCGGCAGUGGCAGUGAGCUUCCCGUCGCUCUCAGCGCCUCCCUCUAGAUCGGUCUAGGGUUUGAGUGUCGAUGGCUUGGUGGCACGGCGAACGUUGGUUCGCGUGCCCCGGCUGCCAUCUCUUUAUAUGGCGCUGCGCGACGGGGGCCCACCAACCAUAUAUGGUUGGGACGCCCCCGAUCAGGGCGCUGAUUGGGGAUCCUUCUCGGAUUUGGCCGUUGGACUAAAUCCGGAAAGAGAUCAAUCCUAACACUCCCUCCCUCCCUCCGCCGCCGGUCAGAUCCAUGCCGAUCGAUCUCGUGAGCCUCGACUCCCUGAACGUGGCCCUAUCCAUCCAGGGGCCGAGAUCCAUGGCGACCGAUCAUGUGAGCGCCGCCGAAGAGAGCAUCCCCUCCUGGAUGCUCCUCGAGGUGUGUGCCUACAUUGACAAGGUCGAAAACGCCACCACGGCCAUCUCCAAAACAUCCGACAACAAGCACAUCCAGGUCACCUUCUGCCCCCGGCCCCCGCCGUCCCUCUCCCACUGCUGCAUCCAUAGCCCAGAUGGCGCCUACAUGCACCGGAAUCCCCAUAUCGUCGCCGUCGAGGACGACCUCGCCCUCAUCCGCGUCGACUCCAGCGACUGUUCCUUGGUUCAGGACUACUACGUCUACCAGGCCAGCGACAAGUCAGGGAAGCCGUCCCUCACGCUCCUGCCGCCGAGCCCCCACCGCCUCUGCUUCCAACCCAAGGAUAUCGGCAUGCUUCGUCGCCCCGGCAAAGAAUACAUCGUCGCCGGAUUCAGGUGCUUACCCUUAGCUUAUCCCUGUGGAGGGUUAACCUUGUGCGUCUACGACUCGAAGCGGGCAGAUUGGAAGCUCUAUGCUCUGUCGCUGAGCCUGCAGGGCCGGCAGGAAUAUGGAGACAAGUCUUUUCUCCAUAAAAACUGCAAGGUGGUGACAAUUGGAGGAGAUGCUGCUGGCACCAUGGCCUUCGUCGACCUCUGGCGUGGCAUGCUCUUUUGUGAUGUGCUUCGGCUGGAACACGAAGCUGCACGUCAAGCGCAAGGCGAAGCCAUCCCCGUGGCUAGCCCCUCCUGUUUCAUUCAAAAAAAAGCCAUCCCCGUGCUUGGGUAUGUCUCACUGCCUGAUGAACUGAGAAGAACCGCCAAGAGGGGUGAUGCCCGCCUUUAUCGUGACAUUGCUUUCCUUGAUGGCCAUCUCAAAUGCGUGGACCUGUUAAGUCGCUCCCUGUGGAUCAGGCCGGCUACUACCAGUGGUGUUUGGAGUCAGCAGUACAAGUUCAGAAGUUUCAAGGAAAUUGAGGUCAACAACCCAGGCACUAAUCUCUUCCCAGGCCAAAGAGGCGUAUAUCGCGAAUCCUUCAGGCACCUCCUCGUAUGCCAACCUGUCGUCGGCCUGCAAGACGAUGAUGCUGCUCGCAUACUUUACUUCACGCUCAAGGUGGACCAAACGGAUGAUGAAGCGUCGGUGCUUGGAGUGGACAUGGAAAGCAAGAAGAUACUGGGGGUGGCACCUUUCUUUUCGAGAUAUGGGACCAUCAACUUCAACUAUGUGCACACUAGGCUAUCUAGGCAUUUUCCAAUUUCCAGGUGCACAGGUGACUCUGAAACAGUCAGCGAGGGUUGUUCAAGCAAGAUGAAGGUUAAAGCACGAGAGCAUCAUGAUGGUGAAUCUGUCUGUCGCUGAAGAUGGAGAUGCAAUGGAUUUGGACUAGUUCCUAUAAAAGAUGGGUCAUCAUGAGCAAGUGUUGUUCUCUGCCCCCAUAACUAUUUGGACUAAUUUAGUAGUAACAAUGAUGGAUGUAAGGGAGACCUUUUGUUGCCCAGUAAGAUAAGCUUAGACUCUGGAGAAAAAUGGGUGUCUAAACUUUGUUAAAUGCUGUUGGUCUAGAACCACAUGUAUUCAAUUCGGUGUCAAGAAAGCUAGUUGUGUUGCAAGAA